UCUACGUCUCACUCCCUUCGUCGGCUCGGAUCAGGCAACCAGCGCAAGAGAGAAGGGAAGAUGUGGUCCUUGUGGAUUUGGGCAGCAGCCGUGGCGAUGGUGGCAAUGAACCCCUGUGCCCAUGCCAAGGGGUAUCGAGCCGAGUGUGAGACCCUGCCCUCGACUGUGCACGUCUCAAAGGAGGAAUACGACGAGGCAGGGCGCCUCCUGAGGACCUGUGAGGAAGACUUGGCCGUCAACAAGUGCGAGGGAGCCUGUCUGUCCAAGGUGCAACCUUCAGUCAACACCCCCGUCGGGGUUCCUCAAGGAUUGUCGCUGCUGCAGGGAGACGCACCUGAGGUCCCGCGAAGUCAUCCUGACCCACUGCUACGACGUCGACGGGAACCGUCUGACGGGGGAGAAGGGGCAGCUCUCUCUCAAGCUGAGCGAACCGGCCGAUUGCCAAUGCGCCAAAUGUGGAGACUCCACUCGAUAGUGGCCCUCUCCCCCCAACCCCCAUCAACCCAUCUUUUCGAAUCAAGGAACAUCACAACCCCAACCCACCAUCUUCUCGAAUCAAGGGACAUUAUACCCCAAGCUUUUCGAAUUCUGCACUCGAUAGUGACUUUAUUAGAUACUCAUCUUUUUGAAUGAAGGAAUAUUAGUACUAACCCCCAAUCUUCUCGAGGCAAGGAACGUUAUACCCCCAUCUUUUCGAAUCCAAGGACAUUAGUACAUUACCCACCCCAGCUUUUCCAAGGCUGCACUCUGUAGUGACCUUAUUAGGUACCCAUCUUUUUGAAUGAAGGAACGUUAGUACUAACCCCCAUCUUUUUUCUUUUUUCUUCGAAUCAAGGAGAGCAUUUCCCAUCUUCUUCGAAUCAAGGAACAUAUUACCCACUUAGCCUCUUCAAAUCAAGGAACAUUGCCCAUUUUUUCGAGCCAAUGAGAACAUAACCCAUCGUUUCGAAUCAAGGAACGUUACCAAUACCAAGGACUAACUGACUAUAGGCCUAUUGAAGGCCUUCGAUUUCGUGCAACUCGAGGAAAAGAUGACACUCACAAUUCAUACUGAAAUAGAAUGCUGUUCUGGAGACGUGUUGCCAACAUAACUUACAAAAUACCCAAUGAUAAUACAAUAUCCAGUAUUCUCCCUAUGAUAUAGAAGUAAAAUCAAGUCAUAAUAUAAAGUAAUGUAUCUCUGAUACAUUGAUACAACUCCAAAGAAAAAAAGUACAAGAUAAGAAAACCGAUCACACAACCAUUUGCCAAAAGUGUGAUUAACUGCUACUGUUGCUACUGUUGCCUUAUUACUGUGACAAUCUCAUGUCAAUUAUUAAACUAGCAAAUCAUUAAAAAAAUAAUAUAUAGGAGGAACUGUAUUGCUGUUCAAUUUAGAUCCCUUGUUGAGGAAACUGAACGUCUGUCAUUUACAACGAAGCUGAUGAAGCAAACUUAUACAUGUGUAGUACGUAGAUCUGACACCUGUAUAGCUAUUAAAGUAGAUAUAUUGUUUAGGAAAUUGUAUAUGUGUAAUUUAUACAUAUUACAAAGCUGACAAAAAUAUAUGAAAAAACUUAUACAUAUAUACGUAGAUCUGACAGCUGUAUAGCUAACUCACACAUACACCGAAACCUGAUAAAAACGUACGUGAAUAUUAAGUAAAUGUGUAUCCGUAGAUCUGAGAUACGUAUUCCUAUGUGUACAGAGAUUAUGGCAAACAACUUUUACUGUUAUUUUGUUUAUACAAAAGAUUCUUUGUGGAAUGUCUGUGUUUACAAAUUAAAACUUGAACGGUUG